ACUGAAUUGUAUGUGAAAAGGUCUAUAAUAUUCCGUUUCCAUCAUCUUAUUACGGUACAUGGCGUUUUUAUACAAUGGGGUAAUUGAAGCGGCAAAAUUUUAGGUUUUACCCUGUAUCUCGAUAACAAAGUCAAUAAUAAUUGUCUUGAAACCGGUAUUGACGAAAACCGCAUCGCUCAGUCUGUAAUAAUAAUAAUACGCCAUGUGUGAAUCUAUACAUACAUUGGGCUAUUUAUAUAUAGAGUGUCCUAUUUUCUUUCAAAUACUAAUUGAACUUAAUCACGAAUAUUCUGCCAUGUAUACACUAUACAGAUAAAAAUUAAAGCUUACUUGUCUUUUAUGGUAAUGAUUCGGUAUCAUUUACCAUAGUUGAAAUAACUAUAGGCCUAAAGUAAGUUUACGUAAAAACCAAUUUAACGCCCUUACACUAAAAAUGAACAACCAACUGGCUUCUUUACAUUCGGUGCACCCUGUUAUUAAUAAUGUAUCAUUUGGUAAAUUUGAAAAUAUUUUAUUGUUCAUUUAUUUCGUUUUUUUUUGGCUUAUAUUUUUGCUUUAUUUCCUUGCAAUAAAAUAAUGGAAAAAGCAAUUUUUUUACGGCUAUUUCCGGAAAAGUGUUAACGUCGUAUAUAUGCAUAAAACUGAGUAAAUGUCUCUCUUACUUUUUCAUUGCGACAAGCUGUAGAUUGUAGAGUAUUAAGUACAAUAUACAGUGUGUCCGAUGAAAACUGCAGAAAUCUCGGAAACUGCAAAAUAUAGAAUUAAACAGAAAACAAAAGAUUAAAUUGUCGUUUUAGAUAAUUCUUCCUGUCUUUUUACCUAGGCAUUGACGUAUCGAAUACUAUUUCGACAAGGCGUCACAAUAACCCGUAAAGUCAAGCGGUAAAUUGACACACUUGUUAGCACUGUAUUCUAAUUCUAUAGAGUGUUUCAAAAAUAAUACGCUAACGCUCGGCUGGAGAUUCGCCACCCGAAAAUUCUUUGUUUCCAAAAUACGGGAUGUUUGAUAUCAAAACAAAUACUGCCUGCGCGAAGAUACUUAAGUCAUAGGCUGUCGGUCAUUUUCAACAAUUUCUUUAGCGUUAAUUUUAUAGAACUGAGUAUUUUGUUUCAAAGUGUGCAAAAAACAAAUGUCCAUAAAAACUUGUUUUGUCAAUUUCUUUUCUCGUAAACGAGGCAAGAUACGAAAAAAAAAAUGCAAAAAAGUCUCAUAUAUUAAAAAAGCCACUUCUAGGAAAUAUAUACCAACAUCUACGAUACCAUAAUAAUUUGAUGAAGGUCGAAUAAUUAUAGGAUGACGCUACAUUUUGAGAAAAAUUACGCAUAAUCAUUAUCGACGCACUUGAAAGAAACCGACAAUCCUAUGGUUCGAUUGGUUUAUCUACCCGUCACAAAAACACAAGGAAAAUUUUCACAUUUGUGGCAGUUCUUUUCGUUAUUUUAUUUGCGUAUAUCAAAAGAAAAAAGAAGAAUCAUCUCCGAAUUUGCAUCUGUCGCAAUUAAGAUAUCAGGCGUGACGGGAAAAUUUUUCGAUAGCCUAUUGCUUUGACUCGUAAGCAAAGAUAAAUCGAUCGUACCAUAGACCCGAAAAAGCAACUUUCUCGUGGCUCGAGGAUAUAAACGCACUCGGUACCGUUCACCGAGAGUAAUUCUGCGCGAUGAGCGUCGUCUCAGAGAUCGACCACUGGGUGUUCGGUGCCUUAAAAAAUGAAAACGUUCGCGAUAUAAAAACAACAGUGGUGGGCGGGUCGGUCAGUGGCGACGGGUAUACCGGAACAAUAGUCUUCGUCGACGUCACGGCGGUGGCAGACAACGAUGAAGUUCGCGAGUACAGUUUGGCAAUUAAAAUCGCCAAACGACCGCCGACUGAGGCAGAACUGUUUCAUGUCGCCUACGUCAGAGAAAUGUUCGUCUACGACGAAAUCCUGACGUCGUUCCUCACUUUGCUACGAGCUACGGUCGAUUUCAUGCCCCGAUGUUGGACUACGGCGUCUACGGACACUUGUGACGUCAUAGUGUUCGACAAUUUAAAGAAGCAGGGCUACGAGCUACACGACAAAAUGAAAUCGAUGAACGUGAACCACAUCAGACUCGCGAUGAAAGCUUACGCGCGUUGGCACGGCAUGUCUUUGGCGCUGAGAUAUCUUCAUCCGGAGACGUUCCGAAAGAUCGAAGACACACUCAGCGACGAAGGUUUCCUGAAAACGAUAGAGGGGGUUUGGAGGAACGGCAAGUUCGACAAAGUCGUCUCGUUUUCGAGAGAUAGAUGGGUCAAGGUGCUUGAGGACGAUCCAGAUUUGUUAGGGAAACUCCAAGAGAAAUUGGGCAGUCAACCCGUACAUGUUGCUGAUUACAUCUUCGACCCUCCGGUUAAGAAUCAGACGGUGGUCAAUCACGGCGAUUGCUGGAACAACAAUUUUUUGUUUAAAUACGGGGGUCAAGAUAAGGAGAACCCUUUGAAGAUAGCCAUGCUGGACUUUCAAAUCGCCGUCUUACACUCCCCGGUAAGGGAUCUAACGCACUUCUUAUACAGCUGCGCAAGCGAACAUGAGCUGUCGCACAUGAAGGAAUUCAUCGACCUGUACUACGAGUCGAUGUCUGAUCUUCUGAGGCAACUGGGAUGCGAUCCCGACGAAGUCUUUCCACGCUCUUGGUUGGCGGAUCAUUGGCGAAAAUAUUCGCGCUACAGCUUUGUGAUGGGUAACUUGGUCAUUAACUUGUGUUUCGGCAAAGCGGAAGUGUUCGAUGAUUUGAGUGAAAUGGACUUGUCGUGCCUGUUAGUCGAAGAGAACGAGGCAGCAUGCGCGGCUAGGAUCCGUGCUUUGGCUAGGCACUUCGUGGAGUUUGAACUGUAGAGUCCUAUGCGCGUUAUUGUAAAUAAAUAAAGUUUUUUCGGUUUUUUGACUA